AUGGCUUCACAAGGUCUCAUGUCUUCGCUACCGAUCCCAGCAUGGCUCCAGGGACAGUCAAACCGCACCUUCUCGACCACACCCCGCCAGAGACGCCUGACAAUCGAGAACAUCAAUCAGAAUGUCGUCGAAGCCGAGUACGCCGUGCGUGGUGAGCUCGCUGUCAAGAGCGAAAGGUACCGCGAGCAGUUGAAGAAGAAGGAUGCCUCGCUGCCCUUCGACACGAUCAUCUCGGCCAACAUCGGCAACCCCCAACAACUCGACCAGAAGCCCAUUACCUUCUUCCGUCAGGUCUUGUCCCUGAUGGAGAACCCUCUUCUUCUCCAGCACCCCGAUGUCCUCACCAAGACCCUCGGCUACAAGCAAGACGCCAUUGAUCGUGCAAAGACACUACUGGACGAUGUUAAGAGCGUGGGAGCAUACUCGGCCUCGAAGGGUGCCUCUGGCAUCCGUCGCAGUGUCGCCAACUUCAUUGAGAAGAGAGACGGCUUCCCUGCCGACCCUGAGAACAUCUUCCUGUCUGCCGGUGCUUCGGGCGGUGUCAGCACUCUCAUGAACGUCAUGUGCGCCGAUGCAAACUCCGGCAUCCUCGUUCCCAUCCCGCAAUACCCUCUCUACACUGCCACUCUUGCUCUCCUCAACGCAAAGUGCGUACCUUACGAACUCGAGGAGGAGAAGUCUUGGGGCACAAAUCUCGACGCCAUUCGCGCAUCAUACGCCAAGGCAAAGGCCGAAGGUACAAGCGUUCGUAGCAUCGUCAUCAUCAACCCCGGUAACCCCACCGGCGCAACUCUUACAGUCGAGGACAUCAAGUCAGUAUUGAAGUUCGCUGCCGAGGAGAAGCUGGUCGUCAUGGCCGAUGAAGUCUACCAAACCAAUGUGUUUGUGGGCAAGUUCACCAGCUUUAAGCAAUGUCUUAGGGAGCUUCAGCAAAGCGAGGAGAACAAGGACGGCAAGUUCGACACUCUCGAGCUUGUCAGUUUGCACAGCAUCAGCAAGGGUAUGAUUGGCGAGUGCGGUCACCGUGGUGGUUACUUUGAGCUUGUCGGCUUUGACGAGAAGGUCACCGAGCAAAUCUACAAGUAUGUCAGCAUCCAGCUCUGUCCUCCUGUCAUUGGACAGUGCCUAGUUUCCCUCAUGGUCGAGCCACCCGUCGAAGGAGACCCGUCCUACGAGACCUACCAUGCUGAAGAGCGCGGUAUCUUCAGCGGCCUGCAGAAGCGUGCCACCGCCCUCUACGAGGCUUUCCGCGAGAUGGAAGGCGUGUCUUGCCAGUCACCCACUGGCUCCAUGUACCUCUUCCCCACCAUCACUCUUCCUCCCAAGGCUAUCGAGAAGGCCAAACAAGAAGGCAGAAAAGCAGAUGAGUACUACUGUCUAAGACUGCUCGACGCGACUGGUGUUUGUGUCGUUGCAGGAAGUGGCUUUGGACAGAAGGAGGGAACUCUGCACUUCAGAACCACUUUCCUUGCUCCUGGCACCGAGUGGGUUGGCAGAAUCACCAAGUUCCACAAGGAGUUCAUGGAGGAAUUCAGAUGA